AUGCCUCCGCGGGGAACGUUCCUGCUCUUCGAGGGCGUCGAUCGCUGUGGCAAGACGACGCAGACGAAGCUUCUCCACGAGGCCCUCAUCGCUUCGUCUCCGUCUCUCCCUUCGACGCUGUUGCACUUCCCAGAUCGAAGCACUGCCAUUGGCAAGAGCAUCCACUCGUACCUCACGAGCUCAACUGCUAUGGACGAUCACGCCAUUCACUUGCUCUUCUCUGCAAAUCGAUGGGAAGCCGCGACUAAAAUUGAGUCACUCUUAGCCAGUGGUCAGCACAUUAUUCUAGACCGCUACUCGUUCAGUGGCGUAGCUUUUUCCGCUGCCAAAACUGGUAUGUCCCUCGACUGGUGUUGGGCGCCAGAGAUUGGACUCCCUAAGCCAGACGCUGUGAUUUUCCUCGACGUACCAGUCGCACAGGCGGCAGCAAGAGCCGAAUUCGGUCAAGAGCGCUAUGAGCGCUUGGACUUUCAGGCAAAAGUGCGGCAGAACUUUUACGCUAUUAUGGAACGCACGACACCCAAGUGGCACGUUGUGGACGCCACGGGGACGAUCGACCAAGUGCACGAUAAGGUGCUGGUUAUUGCCAAAGAGGUGAUCGGAACGUGCGCGGGAAAUCCACUGACCCACUUUGACCAGCUGUGA